AACAUCCAAUCUCUCAGGAACCACGUUGGUGCAGAAGACGAGACUUUUCUUAUUUACAAUCUCGCAUUUAACAAUCGACUGUGAAACAGGAAGGAGUGCUCAUUGUAGACUUGUCUCAACCAAGUGUCCAACCCAACAAUGAGUCCAGUUGGUCUAACGCUACAAUAAUUGUUUGCCAAGAAUUUAGAAAAAUCUUUUUCGAAACAAUUACACAAAAUCGAGCCCGUGUCUCACUUUGCCACCAUCGCUUUGGGUGCAUAUACAGUGAUUUGGGUACAACUUGCACUACAUAAACACAAUAUCGAUCAAACUCGGGAUUGGAAAAAUUUAAACAUUUCCAGUGAAUUUUUCGUUUGAAGAAAGGAGCAUUGAAAUAUAAUUAAGACGCAAAAGUAACUGAAAAGUCAAAAUGAGCCCUGGGUGGGUGGCCGGCACCUCGAUGAAAAAACAAUUCUGGUCUCAAAUUACCAUUUUGACAGUUCUUCUGCUCAUAGGUAUCGCGGAAGGGACCGAGUCAUCCGUAUCGUGUCCAAGAUCAUGUUCUAAAGUUAGCGAACCCGUGUGUGCAAGCGAUGGCGUUAUUUAUGCUAACGACUGCGAAAUGAGGAGACGAACGUGUUUAAAAGGUGUAAUAUCCGUGAGCUUAGAUCUUUGCACCCGAACGGCAGGCUCUCGUUGUGAUAGCAAAUGCAACAGUGAGUACGAUCCUGUUUGCGCAUCCGACGGUCGAACUUAUCUGAACAAAUGCACCCUCCAAGUGGAAACAUGCAUGAGGGGAAUCAACAUGGCUCACAGCGGACCUUGUAUGAAUUCUACUGCCACCAGGGAAAAUUGUCCACUUUCUUGCAAAUAUGCCCCAAAAGACGGUCCAAUUUGCGGAAGCAAUGGAAACGUUUAUCCGUCAACAUGCACUAUGAAAUUUAAGACGUGUGGCCAAGGAGUCGUCCGAACCUCAUUAAAACGGUGUAAAACCACAAAACAUUGUGGUGACGCGUGCUGGCGGAUUGCAAAACCGACCUGUGCAUCGGAUGGACGAUUGUACAACAACGGGUGUGCCAUGCUCAAGAAGAACUGUGGAAAACACGUAUUUGAAGUGCCCAUGUCAUACUGCGUCCGGGACAGACGAGCUGAAAAUGGGUGUCCAAAAUCAGCAACUUGCGACAACGAGCCUUUUGUUCCUGUCUGUGGCAGUGAUGGCAAUAUUUAUGAUAAUUUAUGUGAGCUGAGGUUAAUGCAUUGCGGACCUAAAAAAUAUCGUGUCGACGCCGUUUCAUAUGAAAAAUGCAGAGAAAAGUCAGACAGUUGUAAAAUCAUUAAGUGCGGUUCCAAUCUGGACGAGGUGUGUGGGACAGACGGGAAAACGUACAACAAUUUUUGCAAGCUACAAAUUGCAACUUGCAGAAAAGGAAUUCAAAUGGCGCAUUGGGGGGCAUGCACGAACUUAACCCAGGUUGAAAACUGUGCCCACUUCAAAGAACGCUGUCCCGACGACGUUGCAAGCGAUGGGAUCGUAUGCGGGUCGGAUGGGAAUGUGUACAGGAGUUUAUGUGAAAUGAAGAAGGAAACUUGCGGCCAAAGAGUGGUCGCCGUCUCACUGGAACGAUGCCAAACUACAAAGUAUUGCAACACUGGGUGCGAAAGCCGCCGUGAAUUUGUUUGCGGAUCGGAUAACAAAUUUUACAGGAAUGAAUGUGAAAUGCAUAUGACUAAUUGCGGAAAACACAUGUAUGUCGUACCUUUGUCAAGAUGUCUAGCGGCGUUCCAAUUCCGAGGUUGCUCAAAAAUGUGUCCACAUGAGUACGAUCCGGUCUGCGGCAGUGACAACAAGACUUAUUCCAACAGUUGCUUCCUCGAGAUGGAAAAUUGUCGUUCGAGAGCUUUGGUAUCCAAGAAGCAUCACGGAAAGUGUGGUCAUCCCGUUUUGGAAGCCAAGAACUAUUUGUACAAGAGAUGAGCACGGAACAAUCGCUCCUCUCCCUGUACUGACUUUAUAAUAUUUAACUAUUUAAGCAUAGGACUUGUAAAAAUAACAUACGAUUCACUACGGCUUUCUUUGACUUGAGAUUUUUGCACGAGCUAAUAACCGAAUGGCACUAAAUUAUUGAAUUUGUAUUAUUAAUUAUGAUGAUACUAAAGUUAAUCCUGAUACUCAAGUACUCAACGAAUGUAUGUAUGUACUAGAUAAAAUUAAUUGCUAAGGUAGAUGUUUCUGCACGAUGACAAGUUCUCCCUGACCAUGUCGCUUCUAUUGUUGAUAAAAUUUUCUGUAAAAAGCCAAUUGUAUGUGUUUUACAAAUAUCUUUGUUGAAUAUUUUAUCCACUAAAGUUUUUUGUCUGCUGUCUCCGUUUUUAUUUAUUUAUUGUUAACUAAUCGUGUCGAAAAGUUGCUUCUGUAAGAGUCGAAGUCGUCUCGUUGAUCGUGGUAAAUCUCAGUUUGGUGUGUCAUUGUUAUUGCUGAAGUAAAAUAAAUAUUUGAAAAUACCGUUUGAAA